AUGACUUGGAUUGCCUCAUUAUCUGCCAUGGCAACCACAAAGUCCAGAUCCUACAAUGAUUAUACCAUAGGAUGGGUCUGUGCAUUGCCAAAGGAACAAACAGCAGCGACGGUUAUGCUAGACAAACGGCAUCCCGAUCUUCAGAACCCUCCUGGCGACCCUAACAGUUAUACUCUCGGAUCCAUAGGCGAGCACAAUAUUGUCAUUGCUUGUCUACCUCUAGGGCAGAUUGGCGCCAACUCUGCGGCAACUAUCGCCACUUGGAUGAUCUCCACCUUUUCGCGGAUCAAAAUUGGCUUAUUGGUCGGCAUCGGGGGUGGUGUUCCUCCCAACGUCAGACUCGGAGAUGUGGUUGUGAGCUCUCCUACAGGACAAUUUCCCGGCGUCGUCCAAUGGGACAUGGGAAAAGAACAUGGAAAACUCUUUGAACGUACUGGAGCCUUGAGCAAUCCACCCACCUCACUCCUUACAGCCUUGGGGAAAAUUCAGACUGCACAUGCUCUUGGUGGUAAUAAAAUACCAGCAUUCCUACAGGCCUUACAAAGAGACUGGCCGGACUUGGCUUCGAAAUAUUUGGUACCAAAAUCUCACCAAGAUGUGCUAUUCAAAUCAACUUACGCCCACGUCAUCAAAGAGAGGGGAGUUGAUGAGGAUGAGGAAGACGAGGAAGACGAUUGCGCGCAUUGCGACAAAGCUCAGACUGUGAAAAGGAAACCUAGAAAUCCAUCCGUGCAUUAUGGCCUUAUUGCGUCGGGAAAUCGCGUCAUCCGUGAUGCCAGUUUCAGAAAUCAGCUCAACAAGGAUCUUGGUGGACAGGUCCUUUGUGUUGAUAUGGAAGCAGCGGGACUAAUGAAUAAUUUUCCUUGCGUCGUCAUCCGGGGCGUAUGUGACUACGCUGAUUCACACAAGAAUGAUACUUGGCAGGAAUACGCAGCUGUUGUAGCGGCGGCUUUUGCGAAGGAUCUUUUGCAAUACGUACAGUCAGGCGAUAUUCAAAGAGAAAUGUUUAUCCAGGACAUGAUUGCUGACGUCCAUAAAAUAGUAUCCACAAGUGAAGCAAAUAUUACCAAGAUUGCCUCGAUAGCUCAAGGGAAUGAAAAUCGAGAAAUUCUGAACUGGUUAACGCCAAAAGAUUAUAGUAUCCAGCAUCAUAUACAUAUGGGAGCGCGUCAAGAAGGAACUGGCCAAUGGUUUCUAAAUAGCGCCAAGUUCAGGGAAUGGGUCGAGGCUGACAAGCAGAUGCUAUUCUGCCCAGGGAUACCUGGAGCAGGUAAAACGAUUCUCGCAGCUAUUGUGAUUGACUAUCUCCUUUCACGCUUCGCAAACGAUUCAAAAGUUGGUAUUGCUUACAUAUACCUCAACUUCUGGCAACAAGAAGAGCACAACAUUGAAGGCUUGUUUGCGAGUCUGCUAAAGCAAUUAGCUGGUGGCCUAUCUUCUCUACCACUCAAUAUCAAAAUUCUCUAUUGUGAUCUUGAGAGAAAGGGGGUGCGCCCCACAUUUGAGACGGUCUCGAGUAUCCUCCAAUCUAUAAUCAAAAUGAGCUAUAAACAGGUAUUCAUCGUUGCAGACGCCCUCGACGAGUGUCAAGCAUCCAACAAUUGCCAGAUGAGAUUUAUUGAAGGUCUAUUUUUUCUUCAACAGUGUGGAGCAAAAAUCUUGGCGACUUCGAGGCGCAUCACAGAUAUCAUGGAGAGAUUCGACAGGAGCACUUGGUUGGAAAUCCGCGCAAGCGAUGAUGACAUACGUACAUAUAUAGACAGCCAAAUCUCACAAGGACGGUCAAAGACUUUGCUCGAGAUGCGAACAGAAGCCUCUAAUGGAAUAGCAAUAGCCGCCGAUGGCAUGUUUCUAUUAGCAAAGUUGGACUUGGAUUCCCUCUUAGAUGCCAAAUUACCCCACGAUGUUAGAAAAAGGUUGAAGAAUCUUCCCAAAGGCUCAGAAGCGUACAACAUCGCAUAUCAGCAAAUUAUGAAGAGAGUAGAGCAUCAAGGCCCAAAAUCUUUCAAGUUUGCCAAGUCUGUUCUGUCAUGGGUCACUCGCGCCAAACGGCCUUUGAUUAUAUCAGAGCUCCAGCAUGCUCUUGCCAUCUGCAUUGAUAGCUGCGAAUUCGACGAAAAGGACGUUCCACAUUUUCAAGAUCUAAUAUCUGUUUGCGCUGGACUUGUGACGGUCGACGAAGACAGCAAUGUCAUUCGGCUGUCGCAUUAUACGGCUCGGGAAUACUUCGAGAAGACGCAAAAUGAAUGGUUUCCAGAUGCCAACAACGAAAUUGCAAGGGUUUGCAUCACCUAUCUCUCAUUCGAUAUCUUUGAAACUGGAGUUUCAUCAACAGAUAGCGCGUUUGAACAGCGGCUUCACUCAUAUCCCUUUUAUGAUUAUGCAGCUCAUAAUUGGGGCCACCAUGCUCGAGAGUCAUCUACCCUUGGUCAUCUAGUUUUAGAUUUUCUCAUGAAGGAAGCAAAAAUGCAAGCGUCAAGCCAAGCAUUGUUCGCCGUCAAAGAGUCGGGAAAGCCUGGUUAUAGCCAAGAUGUUCCAAAGCGAGCGAGGGGGCUUCACUUGGCGGCCUAUUUCGGAAUCGAGCAAGUAAUACAAUCUCCGCUCGACUCACUUGGCUGGGACCCUAAGGAUGACUCCGGCCGGACACCACUUUCAUGGGCUGCUGAAAAUGGGCAUGAGGUAUUAGUGCGACUGCUGCUUCACAAGGGCGCCAAUUCACGGGCGAAAGACUAUUCGAGUCUGACGCCACUUUCUUGGGCCGCUAUGAGCGGGCAUGAGACAAUUGUGCGGCUACUCGACACAGGCAGCAAAUUGCAGCUGGAGGACAUAGCUAAAGCAGCAAGAAGGCAGCUGCAGAAAUUCAAUCUAAUGAAGGACUCAGUUCAAAUGAUUAAAGAUGGCAGAAAAAAGGACGAAGAGUGGCAACGACUAUCCCAGAUAUCUAAAGCUAUCAACAUCCGAUUAGAUCAAAUCAAACUUCGACAAGAUGAAAUAGACGUUGAGCUGGCAAAGCUCCAAAGGGAAAAAGAAGAAUUGAAUAAAGAAAAAGGUUGCAAAGUUGAAGAAAGGACCAGUCUAUCUAAACUGCUAGCAAACGAUGGGGGAAAGCACCAGCAGUUAUCCAAUAAAUGGAUAGAUACGCAAAUCGAGUUGGACCAACUCCGUCACAUUGAUGGUUACAAACAUGAAAACAAAGAGGAAUUGGAGAAAAUAAGAGAUUCAAUACUAUUUCGCUGGGCUGUCGAGGAUGGCUAUGCGAAAAUAGUUGAGCUUCUUCUCUGCGGAGGUACUGAUGCAACUAUCACGAAUGAGGAUGGAUGGUUACCGUUGCAUGCAGCUGCAACUAAGGGCUACGUUGAUGUAGUUGGAGUGUUGAUCGAUAUGGGCAAAGUACGAGUUGACUCCGUGGAUAAUAACGGCCAGACGGCGCUGGAGGUGGCUACCGAGAAGGGUCAUCAGGAUGUCGUCAAUUUACUACUUAAAAAGGGUGCGGUGGGGAGCCAUCGUCAACAAAUAUUUGAGGACCAUAACGGUCGGAUCAGUUCAGUGGCAUUUUCGAACGACUCAAAGCUAUUGACAUCAGGAUCAUGGGGGGACAGGACUAUCAAACUCUGGGAUGUAACAACAGGCAAACGCCAACAAACGCUCGAAGCAUCAGCGUCAUUGGAUAAGGCUGUCAAGCUCUGGGAUACAGCAACGGGUAAAAGCCAACAAACACUAGAGGUAAACAGCUAUAGUUUUCCAACAGCCUUUCCUCACUUGGUAAACCUAGUUGCAUCAGGGUCAUGGGAUAAUAUUGUUGGGCUCUGGGAUAUAACGAGGGACAAAUGUCAACAGAUACUCGAGGAUCAUCGCGGGCAUCCAAUCGCACCAGCAGCGGUCUCGCACAACUUAGAGGUAGAUGUAGGCUCGGUAUUGUUUGCACCAUUCAAAGGCAGAUAG